CCACACAUCCAUUGGAAACAGCAGAAAACACACACACACCAAUACGAGUACACGCAACUGCUAAUCCACCACCGCAUAACGAACAAAAAGCUUCGUCUUGGAAAAAACGGUCCUUUUCGAUCAAGAUUUUCGAUACGCACACAUCGGCGGACGUUUAUACUAGUUUUUCAUAUUCGGCACGCAGUUAAAAUACUUUUUAUAUUCAUAUUCGGCACGCAUCUAAAACAUCCUUUUUUUAUUCAUCUGGCGAUCUUCGGCACACAGCUAAACCAUCCUUUUACAUCUGGCGUUCUUCGGCGCAGCAGUUCAAUCAACAUCAUAAUUUUCGAGUGUCUCCUUUUUAUAAUUGUGUAAUCAUAGGGAUACAGCCUCCACUGGUAUUCGACCAGGGAGAUUUUUUAUUAUAACAUUUAUCAUUUUAUCAAAUACAAUUGUGAUCAUUUUAAGUGAAACAUUGCGUUAAGAAAAUCUUCUUUUCGGAGUCAGUGAAAAAGUAAGUGGUAUUUUAUAUAUGGUCCUUCGAGCCAUCCUGAAAUGCCCUAUAGUGAAAAUAGAAAACUAAAAAUAAUAAAUUUUAAAAAAAUUUUUACAAUUGGUGACAAAACAAUGAAAAAGUGCACAAGUGCAAGUGCAGUGAAACAGUGAAGUUACAUACACACAAACAUAGUGACGAAGAAAAAGAAAAAAAUGAGAAAAUAAAAUAAAAAAAAAGUGCAAAAGUGCGAAUAUAUGUGACAUUGCAGAAAUAAUACAUUCAUAUGUAUGUAUGUAAAACCAAAAAAAUAUACAGUGCCUCAAACGGAAAAUAGGGCUGACUUCAUAAACGCAGUUUGCAAUGCAACACUGCAAACAGAUGCGAUACCGAUGCAAAGCAACACUGCAUGGUAACACUGAUUUGUCAAAUAAUGCAAUGACAUUUAUUAACGUUUGUGAACGCAAUAUUGCUUUGUCGUGUUUCUUUGUGUGGUAAAAAUGAAUCUUGAGCAAUUGUGCACUUUUGUUUUUGAAAACGCCCUAGAAUUGGGCGAAAAAAAAAAUUCAAGUAACGUGGUGUUCAUUAAAAAAAUAUUAAGUAAGCGAAAGCGCCGGCGUGUUUUUUUAACCGGUGGUGGCCCAAAAAGGAAAAUUCCAAAAACGUCCAACUUCUGCAAAACGAUAAAAUGUAUGCAGGAUGACGUUUUUUAUGCUCAUUUUCGUAUGAAAAAGAGCACAUUCAAGAAUUUGCAGACCAUGUUAAUGCCGUGGUGGCCUUCGCGCACAACUGGACGAAUUGGAAUUUCUUUGGAAAAGGCUUUGCAAAUUGCAAUUUGGAAGCUGAGCAAUAAUUGUUCUUUUAGAGAUGUCAGCGAUCGUUUUGGAGUAGCUGUUGGUCUCGCAUAUAAAGUCUUUGUAAAAAUAAUAAAGAUGAUCUGCCGUUUAAAGAAAGACGUCAUCAAAUUUCCAAGAAGUGAAGCUGAACAAAAGCAAACCAGCGAAGCAUUUUCAACUCUACGUUUCAAUCCUUUUCCUUUUGUACUCGGGUGGGUCGAUGGUACACAUAUUCCCAUUUCGCAGCCAAGAAGAGAUGAAAUCAGUUACCGGAAUCGAAAGGGGACGUACUCAAUCAUUGCUCAAGCUAUUGUCGACAGCCGUAUGAAAUUCAUAGAUGUGUUCAUAGGGUGUCCGCGAGCAUGCCAUGAUGCUUCAAUUUGGCAAAUGAGCCCUAUCAAGAAGGCCAUAAUUAACAAAGAAAUAAAUAUUUAUCCCAACUACCAUUUUUUGGGCGAUGGAGGUUAUCCUUUGGAGAUGUGUGUUAUGGUUCCUUAUCGCGAUAAUGGAUUCCUGACACCAAUGCAAUCGAAGUACAAUGCAAUUUUAAGUUCAACUCGGGUUGUUGUAGAACAGGCAUUUGGCGUUUUGAAGAAGAAAUUUAGAAUUCUAAAGUAUAUCGAAGUUCAAAAUCCAAGUUUGCCAAAAUUAAUAACAAUGGCUUGUAUGAUUAUUCACAAUAUUAUUAUUAUAAAUGAAGGGAACAACGCCGAUGAUUUAAUCGCAGAAACAAAUGCCAUCACUUCUGAAACACUCGAGGAAGUCACUUUACCAGGACAAAGAGAGGCAAAAGCAAAGAGAGAUGCAUUGGCAACUUUGUUAUCAGCCUAAUGCAUCUCUCUUUGC